AGCAGCCUCGGCACAGCCCAGCCCGCUCCAGCCCGGCCGACAGCGAGCUGCACCUCCAGUGCCAGCAGCCCAGCUCUCGAGGAGAGGGAUCCCGGCGGCCUUCGGCAUGGACAGAUGCAGAGCUCAGUGCUACGAGUACCCCACCUGCCAGGAUGCUGUGAAAGCUCCCAGAGAGGAGGUGGCCUACGUGACCUGUACCUACAGGGAAACAUGCAUCGAGCAACCCGACUUCCUGGCCACCGUCGAUCUCAACCCCCGAUCGCCGUGUUAUGGCCAGGUGAUCCACCGCCUGCCCAUGCCCAACCUCAAGGACGAGCUGCAUAGCGCGGGGUGGAGCGCUGGCUGCAGCUGCUUUGGCAAUAGCACACCGAAAAGGAACAAGCUGAUUCUUCCCUGUUUGAUUUCUUCCCGCAUUUACGUGGUGGAUGUGGGUUCCCAGUGCCGGGCUCCCAGGCUGUGCAAGACGAUUGAGCCGGUGGAUGUCUUCUGGAGGUGCAACAAGGCACACCUCUGCACAGUUCGCAGCCUGCCCAGCGGUGACAUACUGAUUGCCAACAUGGGAGACGCAGCCGGCAAUGGCAAAGGUGGGUUUAUCCUGCUGGACGGAGAGACCUUUGAGCUGAAGGGGAACUGGGAAAAUGAGUGUGAAGCCCCGCCGACCGGACACGACUUCUGCUACCAGGCACGCCACAACGUGCUGGUCAGCUCUGCUGGAGCCGUCCCGAGACGAGCGGGACGUGGGUUUAAUUGCGACGACUUCAAGAAAGGGGUCUUUGGGCGCCGCCUGAACGUGUGGAACUUGUCCUGCCGCAGCCUCACCCAGUGCUUUGACCUGGGGGAGGACUCUUUGCCCCUGACGGUGAAAUUCCUCCACAACCCCGAUGCUGCCGAGGGCUACGUCAGCUGUGCCCUGAGCGGUGUCGUCUACCGCUUCUACAAGUGCGAGAGAGACAACUGGGAAGUCGAGGAGGUGAUCCGGAUACCAGCCAAGGAGGUGACGGGCUGGAUCAUGCCCAGGAUGCCCGCCUUCAUCGCCGACCACAUCAUCUCGAUGGACGACAGGUUCCUCUACCUGAGCAACUGGCUGCACGGAGACAUCCGCCAGUACGAGCUCUCCAAAAACUGCAGGCCCCGGCUGGUGGGACAGGUGUUUGUGGGAGGCAGCAUCCUCCGGUGCGGGCCCGUGACCGUGUGCAGGGACGAGGAGCUGAAGUGCCAGCCGGAGCCCUUGGUGAUCAAGUGCAAGAGAGUGUACGGCGGCCCCAGCAAGCUGCAGCUCAGCUUGGAUGGCAAGAGGCUGUACGUCACCAACUCCCUCUACAGCACCUGGGACAAGCAGUUCUACCCCAACAUGGUGCGGGAAGGCUCUGUCAUGCUGCAGAUUGAUGUGGACACGGAGAGGGGAGGCCUGACCGUGAACAAGAACUUCCUGGUGGAUUUUGGAAAGGAGCCCAGCGGGCCUUGCCUCGCCUCCAGCAUCCGCUUCCUUAACGGGGAUUGCACCUCCGAUACCUGGGCCUAGGCGCCACGGGCAAGACUCCCUUCUUCUCCCUCUUCCGUAGCGCAGCCCUGGAGAAGGAGCGGAGGGUAACUGGGUGGGGGGUCCCCGUUCGCUGCCGGAGUCGGGAUUUCUGCUGCCAGGAGCGAGGAAGCUCUGCCUUCUGGCGAGGGUUUGGCUGGGGCAAGCCAGUGACCAGUGGCGCAGGGCACGUGUUCGGCGCGCUCGGCGCCGAGCGCUCCCUGCUCGCGAUUCCCCGAGCAGAGCCCGGGGCGGUCGCCGGGCUGCGCAGCCGUGCAGAGCGCUCAGCGCCCUGCGGCGGGGAGGGAAGCACCCGCUUGGCCCGAGCUGCUGCUCUUCAGCCAGCUCGGUGCAGGAUCGUCCUCCCCCGGCACCAGAGCCCUCUGGGCUGGCUCCCCGCGCGCUCGGCUCGGGGGGCGUCGCGGCCGGGCGAGGACGGAGGGCUCUCUUUCGACGAGCGGUGCCUGUUCCCUGACACUGGUUUGCGCUUGUGCGCUGCUUUAAACGCGAAUAAAACUGCUCUUUGCAUCA